UUUGUGCUCCAACGAUCUGGCUUUAAUAUUAGUUCAAUAAGCUAUUUAUCAGUAACCGUAAUCGUGCGAAACGUAGAUGGUGAAUUAAGUGUAGAAUGAGAUUCUUUGUGCUCGCAUAAAAUGCGAUCAACACAGAAGCAGCAGCCCUCUAAUCCUCACGCCGGUACUCGAUCACGGAACGCAGAUCCGGAAUCCGCCGAUAGUGAUAACCCCCGCCCUGAGGAAGGCCAGCAUCAGCUAGAAACCGUGUUCCACGAUGUGCGCGUUCAGUUUGAAAAGAAGUUCCACUUCCGGCCCAUCUCGGAAGAGGCACCGGGACGAGAUCUACUGCCACCACUGAACACGCUCUACCGGUGUCCGGAGUACACGGUGCCUCCGCUGCAGGAGCAAAAACAUCGCCUCAAUGCCGUCAAGAAUCGGCUGAACGAUUUCGAGAUCAGCGAUUGGCAUCAGCACACGCGACAUCGUUCUUCCCUGUUGCCGAUUCUGAACGAGCUGCGGUAUCGAGUUAAAGGCGAAUUUGUAACGCAAGCAUUCGCCAAGCUGUACGAAUGUGUGGCCGCUUACGAGCUCAUCGACACGGAAGCGAGCCACCUCUACAGUGUGCAUCUGUGCGAAGCACCCGGAGCGUUCGUGACCGCACUGAAUCACUACAUACGACUCAACUGCCGUCCACGGAUGGCCUGGGAUUGGUUCGCCUGUACACUGAAUCCGUACUACGAGGGUAACUGCCCGGGAAACAUGAUUCCGGAUGAUCGCUUUAUUCUGCACACUCUCGACCGGUGGUGUUUCGGUGUGGACGCUACGGGGGACAUUCUCGUACGAGAGAAUCGUGCUGCCAUCAUCGAACGCAGCUGCCAGUGGCCUAUGGUUCAUCUGGUUACGGCUGACGGAUCGAUCGAUUGUCUGGAUGUUCCUGAGGAGCAAGAAGAACGGGUAUCAACGCUGCAUCUUGCCGAAACGAUCAUUGCACUCAGUGUGCUCGGUAUCGGUGGACACUUUGUGCUGAAGAUGUUCACCUUGUUCGAACAUUCAAGUGUGAAUUUGCUCUUUCUGCUGCACCACUGCUUCGAAGAGCUGCACGUAUUUAAACCUUGCACCUCGAAACCGGGUAACUCCGAGGUGUAUCUAAUCGCAAAGCGAUACCGUCGACCGACCGGUAUUGAUGAGUAUUUGGAUAGAAUAUACGAUCAGUUGCUGCUCACCGAUACCAAAAAACCCCGAUCUACACUCUUCGAUCCGGCCACGAUUCCAGCAGCGUUCCUGGAACAAGUAACCACUUGUGCCGCUCAGUUCGUGCACUGGCAGGCAGACGUAAUUGAAAGCAACAUUCGCUUCUACGGCACGAACGAUCCUCGGGAGGACGAAAGACUGAUAGAAUUUAAGAAAACGAUAGCGGCAAUGUUCUUCGAACGUUACCGUAUCACACCCAUCCGGGCUACUGACCGGAUCGUGCGCGGUAUUAACGUUGCCGGUGGUACCAAUCUAAACCAAAAGGAAUCGCAUGGCACUUACAAUGAGCGGCGCGAGCGAGGAUCGACCUUGAGUGUACUCGAAUCCCUCCAAGCACUGCGCGAACGACUCGAUCAUAUUACGCUUACACGCCAACCGAUCAACCCUGACGCACAGUUUGAUGAUAUGCCCUCGAGGAAGACGCGACCAUCGUACGGUCUGACCGUGCUCCAGGAGCUAGCCCUUACUGUAGGCAAACCGGUGUUGAGAGUUAAAAAUUCCAAGUUUGCCCUCAUCUCCUAUCUUCGCUUGUUGAACGAAACGAUCGAUUUGUACCGAUCAGUGAUCGUCGAUGAGGGUGCUGUCCAGCGUCAGAGCAAGAACAUCCUUCGAACGGAAUCAAAUGGUACGAUCACUGUCGAUAUACUAGCGUACGCUUCGAUCAGCAACUUCGAUCGUUUUGAGAAGCAACUGUUUCACACUAUUGUUUGUAAGAUUAUGCAAUUUGUGCAUGCGGCCGGUGCAACACCGACCGGUACACCGACUCAGUUGAUCCUCGAAAAUUGGUUGGCUCUGACUCAGUUCAGUGUUGGAUUGCUGUACCUGCUGAAGCUAUAUGUGUUCGAAAGCAUUGAGCAGGUAUCGCUAACGCGUCUUGCUUUGAGACGUCUUCGACCGGACGCCGUCACAAAUCUGCUUGCACUGAACGAUGCGUUCAGCAGCUGCAUGGCAUCAACACUUUCUGGAGCCACGAAAGCGAUCCUUACCCUGGUGCCCAUUACCUCACUGCUUGACGGGGAUUUUCAGUACGCGAUGCUGAACUACAACAAUUCCCUGUGUUUGAUUUAUUGUGCGCGCCUAUUGGAUGCUGUGGAGAAGGCGCACAUGGCCAAAUAAUGUAGCGGACAGUAACGAGGAAGAAAAUAAGAUAAGCGGUCAAUAAAUGAAUUUUAAUCAUUUUUAACUCAAAACCAUAGAUAGAGAAGGUGUGAAUGAAUCAGCAUUGUAGAAUCCGAAUCGAGCAAAACAUUCGAUUACGACGCCACUCUUUGAUGGUUUACAAAACAUAAGGCCACAGAAUGCCGGCGCCCCGGAGCGUGAUUGGCAGCUGACCAGAACGAUACAUGCGCCCCCAACGGUUCGGCCUGUCGAUCGCUCUUAUCAGCAAAAACACCUUACGCGCUUUUCAAGCUCCUCCACCGUGUGAU